CACGCGCCCAGCGCACACGCCGCCCACCGCGCUCGACAUGCGCACGCGCAAGUGGUGGCUCCAAAGCCGAUGUCUGUGUACGUCGAGGCAAAAACACCGCAAAACACAUUCACUUACAAAUCAUCGUUUAUUCAGGAUACAAUAGAAAACGCCAGUGAAACAUGGAUGAAUAGGCCGAAGAUGCGUAAAGGGAUCAAACGCGUCCUAGAUAUAGAAGAGACGCCGUUUAUUUGCACUCCCAAACUAAUACGUACACGAAGUAUAUUCACAAUGGACCGCGCGGAGUCUGAAGCAGAGUCGCCGCCCAAACGCGCGAAGCUGUCGUCACUAGGAGUUGCGCACACGCCGCAGGCCGGCGCCGGAGCGGGGGUUUCGUCCGUGUCGCGCGCGGUGGUGGUGCUGCUGCACGUGCCCGACGUGUGCGUGACGGACGAGCACGCGCACGCGCACGCGCACGUCGACAGGGCGGGCGCGGGCACUCCGCAUAGCAUACUUAAGAUAAGAAGAAACGAGGACCGCGACGCGCCGUCUCCAGUGGACUCAAGAUAUCUGGGCGACAGUGACGACGAGCUGCUAGAAACUGCCAGCAACCACACUCACUACAGCGACUCCACUAAUAAGCAUCUUCGCUUCACAAUCCCAACAGCAUCAGAAUCAGGUUCUACGCCAUCGCCCACACAAGCGAAUGCGCUUGCGCAGCUUCGGCGCGAACCGCUGAGAAGGACGGAGCCAUCCGCCUCGCCCGUCAGGGAACAAGAGAUAGAGAUAUCGAGUGACAGCUACACCACUAGCACGUCGCGGUUUGUGAACGAGAAGGGUCGUGUAUUAGAAUCGCCUUCGAAGGAGCCAGACACUGAAGAAACAACAAAAUCGAAGAAGACAUAUAAAGACAAUGUACGAGCAAGGCAUACUCUGUCGGUAUCAGUAAACAGCAGCCUAACAGAUACAUCGAUGGAGAGCAUCGCGGACAUUCCAAUCACGCUCAUCAAUCCUCGAUACUCCGGCGAGAAGGGACGGCAGAGAUCUAUCGAACGUGACAUUGGUAACAACUCGACGAUGGAUUUGAUUGAACAGCGAGAAAGAGAUAUCGAGGAGUUUACAAGAGAGAAAGAAAUAGACAGACCGGCGCCGGCGACACCGAAGGGACGCAGGAGUAUUAGAUCCGUUGGAGAGAGUACGCCGUUGGUUACUAGAAGUCAAUCCGGAACCCCAGAUCGGCUAGACUCUCCGGUUGUAACACCAUUGCGAACUCGCAGAACGAAUAGGAGCAGGUCCCGCACUCCGAGUUGA